CUCUGCUUUUUAAAGAAGCGCAGAUGCAGUAUGUAUGAACCUGUAUAAUAUAUAUGUUUUCAUGCUCUAACUUAUUUUCAACAUAACCUCUUGCAAAAAAAAUUGCAUACGACAUGUUAAUAUUAUUCGAUGGUUAUUUGGACAAUCUGCGGAAGUAUACUGUCAACUUGACACGCUGAGGUCUUCUAAUGUUGCUUGGUUCUUUACAAGCACAACUAAAUUGUAAAAGAUUUCAGCCAAGUUUUUGUUUUGCAUGUAAAAAAUGUCAUUAAUGCAAACUGUAUGGCGUUGUACAUUUAGUCCUCGAUUGUAUAAAAUUUACGAAUUUACGUGGCUCAAUAAUAUUGUGGAUAGGCCUUACGAACCUAAAAGUUUGGAACGAUGGGGAGAUCAAGUAAUCACAUCUUUUGUGACGAUGUGGUCUCUGAGCUUGUACACUUUUCCUCUGAUGGCAAUAUUAAUCUAUCGUCGUAUCACACCAGUUUUUGAUUUUUAUUCACUGACAAAAUUUGCAGCUGGUGCUGGUUUAAUUCUUGUCACUUCUUUAGUAGCGCGAGGUUAUUCAAGAGCUAGCAAUCCUCUAUAUACAAAAUUCAUAAAGAUUCUUGAAGAAGCCAAGGUCAGAAAUCCAUCGGAAGCAAGAAAGGAGUUAAAUAAAUAUGAUUUUGAAUUCUGGGCUAAUCCAGUGGAUUUUCAAGUUGCAAUAAUAGAUGGGGGUGUAAGAAAACAAAAGCAGACUUUAGAGAAAAUUUUCAAUUCACGAAGUAACAACAGACGACAAACGAGCAAGGAGUAUAUUGCUGCAUUGCCAUGUAAAAUAAUAUCCUAUGUUACUGCGCAUACGAUUGCUGUUAAACUGAUGUAUCCCGGAAGUAUUAGUUUUAUUAAUUGGAUUUUACGAACAGCUCAGAUUCAAGGUAGAAGUGAUCUCAUAAAAAGAGGAGCAGAACGGUUUAAAAUUGGUACUUCAGAUGGAAAUUAUUUAGACACUAUUUUUAUUAAUCGAAAAAAUAGCAGAUUUUCUAAUGGGGACGUUUUAGUAAUAACUUGCGAAGGAAACUGCGGUUUCUAUGAAACAGGUGUUAUUGGAACUCCAAUAUCCUGUGGUUACUCCGUUUUGGGAUGGAAUCACCCAGGUUUUGCCAAUAGUACUGGAGCUCCGUAUCCUGCACAAGAGGAGAACGCUAUUGAUUGUGUUUUGAGAUUCGCUAUCGAUCAUCUCGGAUUUCCAGAAAACAAAAUUAUUCUUUAUGGAUGGAGUAUAGGUGGUUAUACUGCAACUUGGGCUGCUAUGAAUUAUCCGACAAUAAAAAGCAUGAUACUGGAUGCAACUUUUGAUGACGUAUUACCUCUAGCUACCUCCAAAAUGCCACUUGCAAUAGAAAAUAUAGUUCGUAGCACGAUUCGACAAUAUCUUAAUUUAAAUAUAGCUGAACAACUUAUUAGAUACAAAGGGACAGUAUUACUAAUCAGGCGUACAGAAGAUGAAAUGGUGUGUGCACCGUCAUUAACUUUAUCUGGAAAUCGUGGAAAUAUCUUACUUGCUAAAUUGCUCAUGAGACGUUAUCCACAUGUUUUUUCUGAAGAUUCUGAUUCCAGUCCACUGUUAACGAGAUUUUUGAAUGCACCAACACCAAAUGCACGAAAGAUGAUAAUGGAGUCGGUUGGAGUAAGUGAAGAGAAAUGUAUCGACUGGAUAGUAACUGAUUUAGGAAAAAGUAAUUGGGAGAUAAAUUAUCCUUCUGAUUUAGGACAUACUUCUACUCCAAUAGAGAAAAGACAAUUAGCCCUAUUCCUUGCAACCAAGUACAUGGUAGAUCAAGCAUCUCAACAUUGCGUUCCAUUAGAAAAUGAAUUUUUCCAUCCAGGCUGGGAUCCGUCUGAUUAUGAGAAACGUUUUUAUACAUUAAAAAAAGAAGAGUAAAUUAUUAUUAUUUUUAUCAUGCAAUAACAUCAUUCCCUUAAAUAUAUUUAACCGAUGAAAAAAAAAACGUAAAGAAAAUCAAUUUUUUUUUAUAAUAUGUAUUAUUGAUUUUCUUCACACUAUUUCUCUUAAGUGCAAUUUAGAUUUCUCUACGUGCACUGGAAGUGUCCAAUAAUAAUAGAACUUUUUUGUAUUUGUUGAUGCCGUCACCAAUGGAUUCUUUAAAAGAAAUAUAAAACAAUAUUGUUUGACUCUCACAUAAACAUUGUAAUUAAAAAACAAACUUUGAAUUGAGAGCACACUAAGUUAGUCUCUACAGAUUUUAAAGAAGAGUAAAAAUGUAGUAAUAUACAUAAUCCAUAAAAUUUUUUUUCAGUCUUGAAUAAUUAACCCUUGAAAGAUAUAAUUUGAAAAAUAUAUAAUUUUUUGUAUUUAUUUCGAUUUCCUAUGGUGUUUAUUUCAUCUACCCUAAGACUUAUAGUUUUCCCAACGGUGAAGGAUAAUACGAGAUAGGGAUUUUCUUUAAAUUUUCUUUAACCUUCGUUCAUAAUUUCAAUUACUGAAUAGAAUUUAAAGUAAAACUGUUUUACUUUGCUGUCAAGAAAAUAUUGUAUUAAUGAAUAAAAUCAAUAAAUAAAAUAGUGAAUUUGA